AUGAUUAUAAAGCUCCCGAAUGAUUGUCUCGAUCAAAUUAUUAGGUAUUUGGUUGAAAAUGCUUGUUCAUUAUAUUCAUGUUUAUUAGUGAAUAAACAAUGGGCUGCCGUUACUGUUCCUAUUUUAUGGACUAAUCCUUGGAAAUAUGAAAAACCUUCUAAAGAUGAGAUUGAUGAAACUUUUUGGCCAUUAAUUAUCAAAGCUGUUUAUUCUUGCUUCUCACCCGAUACAAAAGAUUUAUUUAGGAAAAACGGUUUAGAUUUAACUUUAGAAGGUUGUGUUACUCCUAUGUUCAACUAUGUUCGUUAUUGUCAACAUUUAUCUCCUGAAAUAAUUGAUCAAUUAACUCAUGAGAGAUCUUUUAAUGAACCGCGUGGUGAUAUUUAUCGUACAUUUCGUGAUCAAUUAGUUGAACAAGAACUUUAUAAAUUAUUCAUGUCUAGCUCUUCUUUAAGGCAUCUAGUUUUACCAAAGGUUCCUCUUUCUUAUUGUCCUGGUUUUGAUUUAUGCUUACAAAAACUUCGUGAACUCGUCUGUCGUUCUGAUCAACCUGUUGAUCUUUUUUAUGGUUUGGCUCAAAUUUGUAGAGGUAUCCAAGGAAUUAUUGUUGAUCCUUGUAUUGAUGAUAAUGCUGGUUUAGCUGCUCUUAUUGAAUUUCAAUCAAAUUUAAAAUAUUUGGAGAUUCAUGCUCCUGAAGCUCGUGCUGUUGAAUGUUCUUUAAUAGGUCAAGCUAUUGUGUCUCAGGCUCAUUCUUUAAUUUAUAUUCAUUUUCAAGGAUUUUUAUGUAUUCAUCCUUCAACUCUUGCUUCUCUAUCUAAUUUAAAGACUUUAAAACUUUUUAUGUCAGGUCAUAUAGCUAAUAUUCAACAAUUUGCUUCUUCAACUUUUCCAAAACUUGAAGUACUUGAUAUUUUUUGGGAUGAACAUACCCCUUUCGACAUUUUUACUAUGUUAAUUCGAAAUACAAAAGGUUCUCUUAAACGUAUAUAUUGGAAUACUGAUUGUCCUCCAAAAGAUUCCGAAGAUAUUCGAUAUUAUCUUAAUAUACUUACUCAUAAUGCUUUUUCAAAUCUUACAUUUGUUACCGUUUGGUGGACAGAAGAUGUUAAUCAAGAAUUUGAAAAAUUUUUAAGAUCUUGUAUAAAUUUACAAGCACUUAAAAUUUGUUCAUUUCCUUUGGAUGGGAUUCCACAAGCUAUAACUAGAUUAUUACAAAUUUUAUCAAAAUAUACCCCUCCUGGUUUAAACGUGCUAGAUAUUGAUGGUGAUUGGAUUUUAACACCUGAUCAUCUUCAAAAAUUUCUUGAAUCUUGGAAAAAAAAACCACGAUUAUCUUUAUUUAUAUCUCCCAAGAUUACUUUAUUAGAACAACAUAAACAUUUGAUAAAUCUUUAUCAAGAAAUGGGUGUUUUAAAACAUUUUCAGGAUGCGGAAUUCCUUGACGAAGUUGAAUAUUUAAAGGACAUUUUUGAUUUAUGGUUAUCAUCUUGA